AUGCCGAGCUACGCCGUGCUAGGAGCCACUGGAAACACAGGCCUUUCCUUAAUCAAGGUCCUCUUGAAGUCCCCCGAAAAUGAGAUCAAGGCCUAUUGUCGAUCACGAGCGAAGCUGCUCAAGCAAUGUCCGCCGCUGGCCGCCCGCGAGAACGCUCAGAUCUUCGAAGGACCUCUGAGCCGGAGCGAGAUUCUUGCAGAAUGUCUCCGUGGCACCCGAGCAGCAUUCCUAGCAGUCGCUCAAUCUGAGAACGUUCCGAAUUGCACAGUCGCUCGCGAUACCGCAUACAGUACGAUCGCUGCUCUCAAGAUCCUGGAAAGGGAGAAGACGGCCCUGCCAAAACUUGUAAUACUCUCGUCCGCAUCGCUGGAGCCCAAGUUCUGUGGAGAUGUCCCGGGAUGGGUGCACACCAUGCUCUACUAUGCUGCCUCGCACGUCUACAAGGACCUGGAACAGGCUGAGGUCAUGCUGCGAUCUGAGCAGAAUUGGAUCACCGAUAGCACUUGGGUCAAGCCGGGAGGACUGACGCACGAUACACAAAAGGGCCAUACGGUCAGCAAAGACCACGCUGUUACGCCUCUGAGCUUUCUGGAUCUUGCGGCCGGGAUGGUCGAGGUGGCGAAUGAUGAGUCGGGAACGUAUGCCAUGAGCAAUGUGUCGAUCAAUCCCACAUCGAACAAGGUGGCAUUCCCAUGGAACGCCCCCAUGGCGCUGGUCAGAGGCUUGCUGUUCCACUUCUUCCCGUGGUCGUACAGUGUUUUCGGUUGA